GUGCCUGCUGGCCAUGUCUUGCGUGUGUGGGCCGAUGACAUCCAGGACUUCUACCCGGCCUUCGACUGCACCUACGAGAUGGCUCGCACCAACGACGUGGCCCUCCCCCUCCCGACGCGGCUCUACGAGGGCUUCGCGGCGCUGGACAGGUCGCGGAAACGUUGUCAUCGCGAGGGCCGCGACCUUCCCGAGACGGUGGUCCCUUGCUACGGCGGCCUGAUCAUGGGAGGCCUGAACGCGCCCGAUUGGGCGCGCGAAUCCCACGUGCGUCUGUUUGCCCAGGCUGGCAGUUUCCCCCCAGAGCGGCGGCUCCUCAACCGCCACCUCGCCCCCGAGGGGGCCGCCUGGGAGGGAGUCGUGCUGGGCGACCGCUUCGGCCCGGCCGUCGACGCUCCUGGCUCGCGGGCAGCUCGGCGCGCGAUCGAGUACUCCUUCGCCCGUGCGCGCGAGGGCUACGCUGACGCUGGCCUCAAGGUCAGCGCGAGCAAGGAGGUGAAGGACGCUGCGGAGGCGACGGUCAUCGGGGCGGAACUCUUGGGCCACGACCGGCUCGUCGGCGCCUCCCGCGCCCGCAGGCUGGCGCUGGCCUGGAUGGGCCUCUCCCUGGCCCGAGGCCGGCAUUCCACCGCGCUGGGCCUGCAGAGGUUCCUGGGCAUGGGUCUGUUCGCCGCUCUCUUUCGGAGGCCUACCCUGUCGCUCCUCCACCACUGCUACAAGGAGGUAGACGCCGGGCGCGACCCGCACGUGGUGUUCGGCCUGAGCGGCGCUGCCUGCAAUGAGUGCGCCCUGUUCGCGGUCCUCCUCCCGCUGAUGACCACGGACCUCUCCGCGGGGUGGGGCCCGCACGUGCUUGCCUCGGGCGCCUCGCACCUAGCUGGGGCGUCCGUCAAGACGCCCGUCCAGGUGCCCUUUCUGGCGACAGCGCGAGCAGCGUGGAGGCCCGCCUCCAUGGGCCACCUCGCGGACAGGGGCCUGCGCGUGGGCCCGAGGAUCGACAUCAAGUGCCACAAGUACUGGGACCUGGUCAACUCGCGCCUGGCAGAGCUAGGCAUGCUGGCGCUACUUGCGCACCUGCCCUCGGGCUACGGCACUGGCCUACGUGAGCAUCCGCUGACGGCCUAUUCCUGGUCCACACGCAUUGUUGAGUUCUUGCUGUCGCACGACGUCGUGGAGCGGUUCGAUCUCUCGAUGUGCCAGUUCGGCGUGCCCUGGAAGAAGGACACCAGCCUCUUGGCAGUGCGGGGCUCCUGGCUGGCGCCGAUGGCGAAGCGCUGCCGCGGGGGCCACGCGCGCACCAUGCUGGAGGGCGGCUUGACCUCCAAAGCCGCGCUCUACCCGCGCGGCUUCUGCGACGAGUUGUCCCGGCUGAUCGCCGAGAACCUGGGCUGGCCUUCCCCGUCGCAGCAGUCGGAGGGAGGGGCGCCCCCUGGAGCGUUCGAGGCCCUCUGGCUCAACGACUUCGUCAGCUCCGCCCCGUGGCAGCUGCACCACCACCGCCGCUUCCGCAAGCCCCUCCACAUCAACUUGCUGGAGAUCGAUGCGGCCUGCGAUGCGGUGGACGAGCAGGGCCUUCAUUUCCCCGACUGCAAGCACAAUCUCUGCCUGGACUCCCGCGUCUCGAUCGGGGCCAUCAGCAAGGGCCGCUCCGCUUCGACCGCAAUCAAUAAGCUCUUGAGAAGGAGGGCCCCCCUGCAGCUGGCCACGGGCACGUACGUCGGAUGCCACUUCUCGCCGACUCGCCUGCAGCCAGCCGACGCUCCGUCGCGCGCGCUCAACGACCCG